AUGGAAGGCGGAGGGAGGCGGAUCACGGUCAGUCCGAGGCCUUGCUGUGGCCGGCGCGUAGUGGCUAAGAAGAGGCCACGACUCGUUGACGGCUUUGUGAAUAGCGUCAAGAAGCUUCAGCGCCGUGAAAUCAGCUCGAAUCGUUACCGCGCGUUCUCCAUGACCGACGCGCAAGAGAGGUUUCGCAACAUUCGCUUGCAGGAAGAAUAUGAUACACAUGAUCCAAAAGGUCCUUCGACUGACGUAUUGCCAUUUCUGAGAAAGAGGUCAAAGAUAAUUGAGAUUGUAGCUGCGCAGGACAUUGUUUUUGCGCUUGCACAAUCUGGUGUUUGUGCAGCAUUUAGCCGAGAGACAAAUGAAAGGAUAUGCUUCUUGAAUGUCAGUCCCGACGAAGUCAUCAGAAGUUUGUUUUAUAAUAAAAAUAAUGACUCGCUUAUCACAGUUUCUGUCUAUGCAUCAGACAGUUAUAGUUCUUUGAAAUGCAGAAGCACUAGGAUUGAAUAUAUAAGGAGGGUCAAACCAGAUGCUGGCUUUGCUCUUUUUGAAUCUGAGUCAUUGAAGUGGCCAGGUUUUGUUGAGUUUGAUGAUGUAAAUGGGAAGGUACUCACAUACUCUGCACAGGAUAGCAUAUACAAGGUGUUUGACCUGAAAAACUAUACAAUGUUGUACUCCAUUUCCGACAAAAAUGUACAAGAGAUUAAGAUCAGUCCAGGGAUUAUGUUGUUGAUUUUUGCUAAAUCAAGUAGCCAUGUCCCACUUAAAAUCCUCUCAAUAGAAGAUGGUACUGUUUUGAAAUCAUUCAAUCAUCUCCUUCAUCGGAAUAAGAAGGUGGAUUUCAUUGAACAAUUCAAUGAAAAACUUCUUGUUAAACAAGAAAACGAGAAUCUCCAAAUUCUUGAUGUACGGACUUCUGAGCUAACAGAAGUUAGCAGAAGCGAAUUUAUGACACCAUCUGCAUUUAUAUUUCUAUACGAGAAUCAAUUAUUUCUGACAUUUCGAAACCAAACUGUGGCUGUGUGGAACUUCCGUGGAGAACUUGUAACUUCUUUUGAAGAUCACCUUUUGUGGCAUCCUGACUGCAAUACAAACAACAUUUACAUAACCAGUGACCAGGAUCUCAUAAUAUCAUACUGCAAGGCUGAUUCUGACGAUUCACUUUCUGAAGUAAAUGCAGGAUCUAUUAAUGUCAGCAACAUUUUAACUGGCAAGUGUCUUGCAAAGAUAAGGGCAAGAAAUGGUUUUCCCGAGGUGAAGGAAUGCAGUUGCAUUGAUGAUAAUUGCUCAUGUAGUGGCUGUAAUUUAGGGAAAAGGAAGCAUUCCUCCAGAAUUAGGAGCACAGUUGCAGAAGCCUUGGAAGACAUUACUGCUCUCUUUUACGAUGAAGAGCGCAACGAGAUUUAUACAGGCAAUAGGCAUGUCAGAGUUGCCAAGCCAAAUUCAAAAGGACACUGUUCUUAA